GCACCUGUUGGUAAUCACAAUCACAAUUUAAAAAGCUCUGAACGCUGAGUUUCCCUACUGCAGCUUUGGGGCCACUGGAUGUCUUUCUAGCCUGUUUAGAUUUCUGGAAGCUUUGGAGAAUCUGUCAAAAUGAGUGUUUUUUCCAGGGUCCUGUGGCUGUCUUACCUUCUGUUUGAACUUGCUGUCUGUGUACCUGUGUUGGACUAUGGCCCUCAUUCUGCUGGUCCCGUUCCAAGAUACCAGGCCGCUCCCUACCAGACUGGCCCUCAAGUGUAUAAUCAAUACAGCCCUUAUCCAGGCGCUGCCCCUUCCAAUUCUGGUCAAGACCAAUAUGUUUCAUAUGCUGUGCCUUCUCCUGGGGGUUCAAGCCAGGGACUGUAUUGGUCUGCCCCUGCCAGUCCUGAAUCUGUCCCUGUUACAAACCAGCUUCCGCCGCAAGAGUUGUUCUUCAGUGAUGUGUCUGGUUUGGAACCUGUCUACAGUCUCAGAGGUCGCUCCAGAUAUCAAACGGGGAGAUCUGUGUUCGCUCAGUCCCGUUAUGUCCCAGGAAAGCCACAGCCAGUACCUCACCCUCUACCCUUUCCUGGAUUCUUUCUCCUGCCCGUGCCUAAUCCUGCCCCACAACCCCAAGAUUUCAGUCAAGCGGCACCCUAUCCUGUGGCACCCCAACCUGCGGCACCCUAUCCUGUGGCACCCCAACCUGCGGCACCCUAUCCUGUGGCACCCCAACCUGCGGCACCCUAUCCUGUGGCACCCCAACCUGCGGCACCCUAUCCUGCUGCACCCCAACCUGCGGCACCCAAUCCUGGCUAUACUCCACUCCAAUGGGGUUUUGUUGAGAAAAGUGAACAGUAGUCAGUUAAUUGACUCUGCAAACUUCUAAUUUCUGUGGCAGUACCAUUGUAUAAUAAACAUUUUACUUCGAUACCUUGGACUUUGAUUUCAGUGCUUUAUUUGUGCAUUUUUUUUUUCGCUGUAAUCUAGACCGAAUCUUCAAAUCUCAAUUGAACCACGACUUUAGGCAAAGCUACUGACUAAUGGCAGGUUUCCUUUCUCACAACUUUUAUUCAGCUCUUUAAUUUGGGUGAAUCUCCAAUACUUUAGUCUAUGGUCCCAGCACGUUGAACUUGAUUGCAGGAAAGUCACUUGGUAAAAUAUUCAUUCACUUUUUAAACACUAAUCUAUAUAUACAACGCGCUAUAUUUGUAAAUUCUGGUUGUGUUGCAUUGAACUGUAAAAACACAAAAUUUAUGAACUAGGAGAAUUCAGAGACGUUUGUUACAUUCCUACAUUUUAGCGGUACCUGAACGCAGCUUUACCCAAACACAGCGCGACGCACUCUGACGUAUAUUUCGGGCGCAAUUUCGCAUGUGUGUGUUUUUGGUUUUCAGACCGUUUUUGGCAUGAGCAAAUAACUUUAUAGAUUCAGAUAUUUUUAGUUUUGUAUUAUGAAAUGACUGCGACUCUAUUUUCGGCCAUAAAUAUUCUCAUUAAACCUGCUGAAUCUGUUGGUAAUUCCCUGACAUCCCAAGAGGAGGCGCUGCUCUCUGCUCUCCAGGCCAACAGGAGGUGCCUGCUGCAGCACUUGGACUCUGAUCCAGGUUUUGCUGAGAUUCAGAGGCUCAGAGAUGAAGUUAUCUCUGAGUCUGUUUGGUUUUGCAGUGAAUUAGACAAUGACCACAUUUGGGCCUAUGUUCAGGAGUGUCUUCUUUUGCUACUUGCCCUCACACGGCAUCUCUCUCUGGAGUUGGAUUUGUUCAAACAAACCCCUCAACCAGUCAACAGAGUAUGCACACCUGAGUCUGCCCCACCAUUACCCCCUGAUGUCCUUAGCGUUUCCCAGCAGAAGACACUCACCACUGCCCUUCAGUUUGUCAUCUCCUUGGGGGUUUGUCCGUACCUGGCUCCGGGGGUGGGGGUUCCUCUGGGCUGUCGGUCUGCAUUUGGAGCAGUGGUGGACAAGCUGAUCCAGAAUGGGACAAAUAAAACACUUGGACAGCAACGCCUUCUGACCAUCAUAAAUGUCCUGUUGAAGAUGACAGAGCUGUCUUCUCUGGCUACAGUUGUCUUCACGCGACACCUGGGAGAUCUAAUGGCUGCAUUGUGUCAGCUCGGAUACCAGCCUCCCAAAAAAGAAAAAGAGACAUCUGAAGAGGGCAAGGAGCUGAGUGCUGACCAGCGAAACAGAUGUCGUGAGAAUCUCAAAAACCUUCUUGGAAAAGUUUAUCAACCAAUAGUCAUUAAAGAGUUGCUAAUACUUCAAGGUCCCAAGUCUGUUCCUGUGGGGAGCUCCGGUAGCAGUGUGGCUCAGGGGUGCACCCCAGCCUGGCUCAGGCGUUUGUGUGGGCAGUUGCUGUCAGAGCGCCUAAUGCAGCCUCAUGGAGUCCAGGCAGUGGUGAGGGCCAUUCUGGAGGGAACAGGGGCAGACUCGGACUGGAGGAAGUGUGAUGGUGUGGCCAAAAUCCUGGUGACUUGUCCUCAACAAUCUAUAUCAACAGAUAGCUACUACAAACAAGUGUGCCCUCAGAUCUUGGACAUGCUGCAUUUCAAAGACAAGCUGACAGCUCAGCGGUUUCAGCGAGUGGCCACUACAGCACUGCUCGUUCUGGUGCAGGAGAAGAGCACCUUUGCACAACAGUACCUUUUAGCUCCUAUGUUUGCACCUCUGCAUCGCUGUAUCACUCCAUCAGACCCAGGCCUGUCUCAAGAUGCUGUAGAGGAGUGGGAGCUAACACAAUGUGUAGAUGAUUUGUUCAAAGUCUGUGUGGUGGGGAACCAGCCUUCAGCUCCUCUCCUCACAGCUUUACAAGAAGUACUGUCUGUUAUCUUUACUCUGUUCUGUUUUACCAAACAGAAUGUCUCACAUCUACGUGGUCCCUGUCAAGAGAUCAUGCUGUGGUACUUGAGCCAGUGUGAGCAGGCUGCAUCUCUGUCUGCCCUGAGGGAACUCUCGGGUCUGAAACAACAUGCACACCAGGUGGCACCAGGAUUUCACUUUUGCCCUGGCAGUGAUGGAGGAGUGAAACUCAGAUCAAGGGACAGCUGCAGUGAUGAAGAUGAUGCUCUGUAUGAGAAGUUGUCCGGGGAGCAAUGGAGACUGGAGUGUCUAAAUGAACUUCUGACUCAGCUCAAAGAGAGUGACUUGCCUGGAGACUUCUUACUUGACCUGCUGCAGGAUCUCACAAGCUGGGCUGCUGAGGCUGAUGAAGGGGAUCAUCAGGAUCUGUCAGAGAUGAGUCUGUUGGAGGUGGAGCAGAGUAUCCUAUCCCGUACUGAGCGGCAGGCCCAGAGGCUGGCUUUGCUGCAGGUUCUGGCUGUGAUGGUUGAGUGUCUGCCCCAUACUUUACUGCUAAGGAAGCCUACACAGGUGGUGGACUUCAUACUGUCUUUGCUCCAGAGAGCUUGUGUAGGCCUCAGUGAUGAGCCUAGCUCCAGAUGUGAGAAUCCAGUGGAGAGUCAGACAUUGAGCAUGGGCAUGGGUUUGGUGGCCACUCUACUCUCUGUUCCUCAGGUGAGCUCAGAGGACUACCAUUACAUGUCUCACCUGCUGUCACCGCUGGACACACUGUCUAAGCUUCAUCCAGAGGUCUUCAUCCAAGAGUUGGCCUCAAACCUCAAAGCUGUGAUUGCUACACAUGGCGCCUAUAAGCCUGAUGAUCUCUCCACUGCUCACUCAUCCCUGAAGUCUGAUACAGUGCAAACAAAGCAGACUUCAAAGACCACCAAUAAGACUAGCACCACUUCCUCUACACAUAGUUCAUCGAGUCAUGCUAAAGUGCCCCUUAAGCAGCCGGCCACUUCUGAAAACGUCUCCAUGAAGCCUCUUUCUGAUUUGAUCUUGGAGGCUUGUGAUCCAGAUGUACCAACAAAAGCAUUUGCACUGAGAGGCCUUACCCAAUUGGUGCAAAGAAGAGAUCCAGAGACAAUUCUAGCCCAUGAUAAAAUCCUUGUGCUCUUUUUAGAAAAUUUGGAGCAUGAAGACUCAUUUGUCUACCUCUCAGCCAUUCAAGGUUUGGCUGCUCUGGCUGACUUCUUUCCUCAGAGGAUCCUGGAGCGGCUGCUACAGGACUUCCAAGCAGGACCCUCUCUAUCCACAUCGAACAAGCACCGAUCACUGGAAACACGGCUCAAAGUUGGAGAGGUUUUAAUGAGAGCCACUAGAGCCAUGGGGGAGCUGACACCGCACCUGAGCCGACCCCUGUUGGGGGUAUUUCUACAGAGUACCAAAGACCCAGACCACAGCGUCAGGGCCAGCAGCCUGUCCAACCUGGGGGAGCUGUGUGAGAGACUGGACUAUGCGCUGGGACCACUGACUCAGGAGCUCAGCACCUGUCUGACGGCGCUGAUAAAGACUGAGAAGGAGGCGGAGGUGAGGAGGGCUGCGGUUCACGUGAUCGCUCGGGUACUGAAAGGCCUUAGCGACAAAACCACGCAGGUUCUUGCUGAUGUGCUGCUGGACCUGUAUCGGGCCCUGAAAUGGGUGGUGCGCUCAGACCCGGACAGUGUGACAGUGCUCCAUGCUCAAAUCGCUCUCGAGGAACUGGACGAUGUUAUGAGAAAAUUCAUUUUUCCUGAGCAGAAGCUGGAAAAGAAGAUUGUUAUCCUCCCAUAAACUCUGAACUUCUAUUCCCCUUAUUCCGCCCUGCUCAAUUUUGUUUCUAAAUGCUCCUAAACUGUGCUUUCUUGUGGUGACAGUUCCUGUGAAAUGGGAAGCCCAUUCAUUUCAAUGGAGAAUUUGAAAAAAAGUUUAGCAGAUUAAAUAUGACCUGAAGUAGGUUCA